GUGGUAGUACCAAUAUGGAAAACUUGUGCUUCCUCAGAACCUGCUUCUGCUUACUUCCUUUUAGCGGUGUAGAUUGUUUCCCUUGUAUAUUAAGUUCUAUAAACAAAUUUUUCUUAUAUCAACUUUCUAUUAUACACAAUUAAUUAUGAUGCAGAUAUUCUUUCUCGAAAGCUUUCAAUGGUCUGGCAUCGGGGAACAUGAUGAUGAACUUAUCAAGUUCCAGAUACGUUGUUUUGGUGCUAAAUUCGAAAUUCAAUACACACUACAGAAUUUAUCUCUUUCGCCAAAUCUUUUGGAACAAUAUCAAAGUUCUCUUGCUAUUAUGCGAGCAUGUGAGGUUGGGGAUAAUCGAGAUGGCGACAAAGCUUUUGAGGAGAUUCUUCGUCUUAAGAAACCAUUCGAAGAGCUUAUAAUCGAACUAGCUCCAAACCCACCACCUUCGUGCAAUCAAUUAUCCGAUUAUCUCUAUCCACCAUUUCUAAUACUCGAAGCAAAAGCAGCAGCUCAGGAUAGCACUAUCAUUCAACCACAUUUCAAAGGGCAACUGCCACGACAGAUAAGAUUCCCUGCAGGCGAAUAUAUAUCUCCUCCAUUAGAUUGGUUAAAUCUAGUGAAAUCCUCGACUUCACAGCAAAUUCAGCUUGUACCCUCACCCGAUCUGGAACAGCAUCCGUGUCUUCGAGGUCCAGGCAAAGUUAUUGCUGAGGAUGGCGCAUUAUGCUAUUAUAAGGAGUUGCCUUCUUUGUCAGCAGUAGCAGAAGCAAAAUCAUGGAUACAUAUACAGAUUCCAGCUGCCAUCGAAGCGAAGAAGCUUCGCUCCGAUAUACGCAUCUGUCGCUUGCAUAGUGUGGUUGUUGAUGAUGAUCGUGAAGUCUUACAACAUUGGUAUUCUGCUACAGAAAAGGAUCUAGUUGAUGAAUGGAGGGGCGAUAUCUCAGAUGAUUGGACGCCCGAAGAAUAUGCCGAUCCAAACUUCGAUAUACGGCGUGUAGUGGGUAUAUUACUUCAUUACAUUGAUAGUAAAGGCACACUCGAACAAAUAGUACCUUGGUCUGAUUGUUUGGAUGAACACCGGCAUCGUUGGGCUAUUGAGCUUGAGGAUCUUGUUGGGGAACUGCAUGCCGCAGGCUUGGUAUGGGGUGAUGCUAAACCACACAAUGUCUUGGUCGAUCGAGAUGACAAGCUUUGGCUUAUUGAUUUGGAGGGGGGAUAUACUCUUGGUUGGGUUGAUGAGGCUAAUAAAAACAGUCAAGAGGGUGAUUUACAAGGGGUCAAAAGAAUCAAAGAGUGGUUGGCUAAAUGGAGCAAGAAAUCUAUUGAUCGUAUUGUUCAUUAAAACUUAAGUAAUGUUGUUAUCAGAACAAAAAGGAAAUCCGCAAAGUAUUCCCUUGCUCAAAAAGAAACUUCCCAAAUCAUA